CGCAUGCGCGCAGUAUACAAAAUGUCGGGAGGAUCGGAAAGGUUAAAAAUGAGAAGGAAUUUAUCUCCAGGAAGCUCAAACAUGGCACACCAGUUUUGUUGUCUCUGUCCAGAUAUUUAAGAAGUGGGGUGAGGGAUUCAAUCGACCAUCCUUCCUGCUCAGACUGUGGGGAGGGAUUCACUCGAUCAUCCUUCCUGCUCAGACUGUGGGGAGGGAUUCACUCCGUCAUCUGACCAACUGGCACGCCCGUCAUUUUACACAGGAGAGAGGCCGUUCACCUGCUCAGACAGUGGGAAUGUAUUCACUCGGUCAUCACAAUUGAAGGUACAUCAGCACAUUCACACUGGGCAAGGCCAUUCACCUGUACUGUGUGUGAGAAAGGAUUCAGUCAGUCUUCCCACCUGUGGACACACCAGUCAGAUCACUCUGGGCAAAGGCUGGUGAUCUGCUGAAUAUCUGGGAAAGGAUUCACUCAGUCAUCUGACCUAAUGGCACACCAGCGUGUUCACACUGGGCUGAGGCCGUUCACCUGCUCACAAUGUGGGAAGGGAUUCACUCAGUCAUCCCACCUGCACAGUCACAAACGAGUUCACACUGGGGAGAAGCCAUUCACCUGCUCAGUCUGUGGGAAGGGAUUCACUCAGUCAUCCACACUACAGAGUCAUCAGCGAGUUCACACUGGAGAGAGGCCAUUCACCUGCUCAGAGUGUGGGAAGGGAUUCACUCGGUCAUCCCAACUACUGGCACACCAGCAAGUUCACACUGGGGAGUGGCCUUUCACCUGCUCAGAAUGUGGGAAAGGAUUCACUAAGUCAUCCAGCUUACUGGUACAUCAGCGAGUUCACACAGGGGAGAAGCCAUUCAGCUGCUCAGUCUGUGGAAAGAGAUUCAUUCAGUCAUCUUACCUGCAGAGUCAUCAGCGAGUUCACACAGGGGAGAAGCCGUUCAGCUGCUCAGUGUGUGGGAAGAGAUUCACUCAGUCAUCCCACCUACAGAGUCACCAGCGAGUUCACACUGGGGAGAGGCCGUUCACCUGCUCAGACUGUGGUAAGAGAUUCACUCAGUCUUCCACCCUACAGAGUCAUCAACGAGUUCACACUGGGGAGAGGCCGUUCACUUGCUCAGAAUGUGGGAAGAGAGUCACUGAUUCAUCUGCCCUACAGAGACAUCAGCGAGUUCACACUGGGGAGAAGCCGUUCACCUGCUCAGAAUGUGGGAAGAGAUUCACUGAUUCAUCCACCCUACAGAAGCAUCAGCGAGUUCAUACUGGGGAGAAGCCGUUCACCUGCUCAGAAUGUGGGAAGAGAUUCACUCAAUUAUCCAAUCUACAGAGACAUCAUCGAGUUCACACUGGGGAGAAGCCGUUCACCUGCUCAGUCUGUGGGAAGAGAUUCACUGAUCCAUCCACACUACUGAGUCAUCAGCGAGUUCACACUGGGGAGAAGCCAUUCACCUGCUCAGAAUGUGGGAAGGGAUUCACUCGGUCAUCCUACCUACAGAGUCAUCAACAAGUUCACACUGGAGAGAAGCCGUUCACCUGCACAGAAUGUGGGAAGAAAUUCACUUGGUCAUCCACACUACAGAGUCACCAGCGAUUUCACACCGGGGAGAAGUCGUUCAUCUGCUCAGACUGUGGGAAGGGAUUCACUGACUCUUCCACCCUACAGAGACAUCAGCGAGUUCACACUGGGGAGAAGCCAUUCACCUGCUCAGAAUGUGGGAAGGGAUUCACUCAGUCAUCCCACCUACUGGAACACAAGUUAGUUCACACUGGGGAGAAGCCGUUCACCUGCCCAGAAUGUGGGAAGAGAUUCGCUCACUCAUCCAACCUACAAAGUCAUCAGCGAGUUCACACUGGGGAGAAGCCGUUCACCUGCUCAGAAUGUGGGAAGAGAUUCACACACUCUUCCACCCUUCAGAGACAUCAGCGAGUUCACACUGGGGAGAAGCCGUUCACUUGCUCAGAAUGUGGGAAGGCAUUCACUCAGUCAUCCCACCUACUGGCGCACCAGUCAGUUCACACUGGGGAGAGGCUGUUCACCUGCUCAGACUGUGGGAAGGGAUUCACUCAGUCAUCCAACCUACAGAGACAUCAGCAAGUUCACACUGGGGAGAAGCCGUUCACCUGCUCAGUCUGUGGGAAGAGAUUCACUCAGUUAUCCCAACUACUGGAACACAAGUCAGUUCAUAGUGGGGAGUGGCCAUUGUUAUGAAUCCCUAGGUUUCGUUUGAUAUGGACUGUCAUUUUAAGAGAGAUUUAGAAGGUGAAUCAGUCUGACUUGCAGCUUGUUUACAUCACUCGCAGCUUGUUUUGUUUUAACCGAGGACACAGACACUCAGAUUCAGAUGGAGACGGAUGAAAAAUGGAAGGAUUGAAACCAGGGAACUAGUGGCCAAAGGUCACUGUUUAGAACUUUCCUGUGCCCACAAGGGUGGGUUAAUUAUCCAUUCACUGUACAUCGAAUGUGUGGUUGUCACCUUGUUUGAUCCAUAGACGUGUAUCUGAUUUGAGGUAUCCUGUGAAGUCCACUUAUGUGUUAACCCUUGCCUGGGUGUGACGUGGUCAUUCAUUUGAAGAUGAUACCCCUCAUGACAAGUCACUUUCGGUGAUAAUUUGUAUGUAGAUUUGUAAAGAUGACUGAUAAAAUCUACAGCAACUGGUCUCUCAUUUUACCACUGCGGAACUUGUAGAACAGACAGACAGACAGACAGACAGACAGACGUACUUUAUUGAUCCUGAGGGAAAUUGAGUUUCAUUUCAGCCGCACCAACCAAGAAUAGUGUAGAAAUAUAGCAAUAUAAAACCAUCAAUAAUUAAAUAAUAAUAAGUUAAUCUUUGCAAGUGGAAAUAAUUCCAGGACCAGCCUAUUGGCUCAGGAUGUCUGGCACUACGAGGGAAGGUUAGAAAAGUUUGAUGGCCACAGGCAGGAAUGACUUCCUGUGACGCUCAGUGUUACAUCUCGGUGGAAUGAGUCUCCGGCUGAAUGUACUCCUGUGCCUAACCAGUAUAUUAUGGAGCGGAUUGGAGUCAUUGUCUAAGAUGGCAUGCAACUUGGACAUCAUUCUCUUUUACGACACCACCGUCAGAGAGUGCAGUUCAACCCCCGCAACAUCACUGGCAUUACGAAUGAGUUUGUUGAUUCUGUUGGUGUCUG